UAUUUGCUAUACAGAGAGACUCGUGUGAAGCCUUUGGCUGUUAAACAUCUCUCAAACUAAUAAUCUAAUCAAUAAAGUAAGUUAUUCUCAUAAAGGAGUGUCCAGUCAGUAUAACGUGAAGCGUUUUUGUACUCUCAGUCAUUUCUGCGGCGAUGGAGAGCAGCAGGUGCGCAGAGGUGAGUUCGGGUGUCGGUUACCCGUCCGCUGGACACUCUCACCGGGCGGCUCUGAUUCUGGCCCGCGGUGGCAGUAAAGGAAUCCCGCUGAAGAACAUCAAGAAUCUGGCCGGUGUGCCUCUGAUCGCGUGGGUCCUGAGAGCUGCCUUGGAUUCAGAAGUCAUUGACAGCGUGUGGGUUUCCACAGAUCACGAUGAAAUUGAGCGGGUCGCAAAAGUCUGGGGCGCAAAAGUUCAUCGGCGCAGUCCUGAAGUUUCCAAAGAUUCGUCCAGCUCACUGGAGACCAUCCAGGAAUUCAUCCGACUGAGACCCGAGGUGGACAUCGUCUGUCAUAUUCAGGCCACGUCUCCAUGCCUCCACCCUCAUCACAUCAGAGAUGCCCUGCAGAUGAUCACUGAACAGGGUUAUGACUAUGUGUUUUCAGUGGUUCGCAGACACCAGUUUCGCUGGGAGGAGGUGGACAAGAAAGAGGGUAAGAAUACAACUCCUCUGAACAUUGACGUGGCACACAGACUGCGACGACAAGAUUGGCCUGGAGAGCUCUACGAAAAUGGCUCUUUCUAUUUUAGUACGAGGAAGGCUUGGGAAAACGGCCUUAAACAGUUGGGCAAGAUCGCCUACUAUGAAAUGCUACCUGAGUACAGUGUUGAUAUCGACGUGGACAUCGACUGGCCUGUCGCUGAGCAGAGGGUUCUGAGGUUUGGCUAUUUUGGCCGAGAGCAGAACGCAGUGGUCAGGCUGUUUGUGUGUAAAGUGUCUGGCUGUUUGACGAACGGACAGAUAUACACGUCAGUUUCAGGAGAGGACCUUGUGGCCAUCAAUGCUCGAGACGUGGCAGGCAUACAGAUGCUGCAGAGGGAAAAUAUAGAGGUGAUCCUCAUGUCUAGUGUGAAUGAGCCGCUGUCCAGGGGUCUCCUGAAGAAGCUAGCCCAGCAGGCUGGCUGUGGACUCUGGUUUGGAAAGCAGCUGAAAGGGUUUGAGAUGGAGCAGCUGAUGGAAGAGAAGAAGCUGCGGUGGGAUGAAAUGGCCUUCAUGGGUUCAGAGUCUGAAGACAGAGAAAUUUUGUCUCAGGUGGGGCUGAACGGUGUCCCGUGUGACUCACCUGUGGCGAAUCUCAUUGCGGCGAAAUACACGUGUCAGAGACCCGCUGGAAAUGGAGCAGUUUGUGAGUUUGCAGAGUACAUACUGAUGCUGAAGAAACAGAGUUUGCUGGAGGUGCACCAGGAUCGCAUUGACAGAGCCAAUUUCUAGAUUCCAGUUUCUAUUUCAUAUGUCUUUUAAACAGUCAGUUUGGGUUGCUGUGAUAACAUGAUAAAACAUGAGCAAACACACAAUUGUGUUUACUUAUGUUUUUUCUUUGUCUCUUUACUUGAUCUCUCUCUGUAUUUGUUCUCAGUCCUUCCAUAUUACCAUUUUAUAUUAAUGUUUAAUCUUAUGAUGUGUCCUCGUAAAGUUAGAAAUCAGAAAUUCUGAUGUCUGACCUAAGGUGUGAUUCUGUUUGUUUAUAUGUAUGCACAUAUCAUGUGGGGUCAGUUUAUGAGGAAAUUGGGAAAAUUAUAGUUUCAGAAAUUAUACAUUAAAUUGCUCAGAAAUGAGAGUAAAGACUUUUAGCCUUUUACAAAAUAUUUCUGAUCUUCUUAUAAUAUAUAACUGUGGUAAACAAAAAUGUUAUUUUUAUUUUGUGUUUGGAAAGUUAUUACUUCAGAGAUAACUUGUGGGUUAAACUCAUGCAAAGUAUUGAUAUUAAACUGGGCCACUAAUAUAGCUUUCGUAGUUGCAUUUCUUUUUUCUUUUGUAAUUCUGGAAGUGUGACAGCAAUGGUUCUUAAGGCAAGGUUUCAGGUAUAUAUUAUAAAAGUACAUAUUUCACAUUUGUCAAUUAUUGUGCUUAGUAAAAUAAUGAUACUUGUCUAUUUGUCAGAUGUUUUGCUCAUUAAUUUGACAAUAUGUUUGUUCAAAAGCAAUGCAACAAUUUGAU